AUGAAGCUUCGAUCCGCCGUCCCGCUGCUGUUGCAGCUUUCUCUCCCGGCCGUCCUUGGCGCCGACACGGCAGACUGGAGGUCUCGUACCAUCUACUUUGCCCUGACAGACCGGAUUGCUCGCAGCUCAAGCGACACGGGAGGCUCUGCGUGUACAAAUCUGAAUGACUACUGCGGUGGCACGUUCCAGGGCUUGGAGAGCAAGUUGGACUACAUCAAGGGCAUGGGGUUUGAUGCCAUCUGGAUCAACCCCGUCGUAACCAACAGUGAUUUCGGCUUCCAUGGCUACUGGGCACUGGACCUAAACACCAUCAAUUCCCACUAUGGCACUGCGGAUGAUUUAAAGAGUCUCGUUGAUGCUGCACAUAGCAAGGGCUUCUACAUGAUGGUCGAUGUUGUGGCCAACCACAUGGGAAACGCAAACAUCACAGACGACUCCCCCUCCCCUCUGAACCAACAAUCCUCUUACCACACAAAGUGUGACAUUGACUUCAACAACCAGACCAGCGUCGAAAACUGUUGGCUCGCUGGCCUCCCAGACGUCGACACCCAGGACCCUACCAUCAGGAGCCUCUACCAGGACUGGGUGUCCAACCUGGUAUCUACAUAUGGCUUCGACGGCGUCCGCAUCGACACCGUCAGGCACGUCGAGCAGGACUACUGGCCCGGCUUCGUCAAUGCCAGCGGCGUGUACUGCAUCGGCGAAGUCUUCAACGGAGACCCAGACUUUAUGCAGCCCUACCAAUCCCUCAUGCCCGGCCUGCUCAACUACGCCAUCUUCUACCCCCUCAACGCCUUUUAUCAGCAGACGGGCUCCUCCCAAGCCCUGGUCGACAUGCAUGACCGUCUCAGCUCGUUCCCAGACCCGACGGCGCUGGGCACCUUUGUCGAUAACCACGACAACCCCCGCUUCCUCAGCGUCAAGAACGACACGUCUCUCUUCAAGAAUGCCCUGACCUACACCAUUCUCGGCCGAGGCAUCCCCAUUGUCUACUACGGCUCCGAGCAAGCCUUUUCGGGAAGCAACGACCCCGCCAACAGAGAGGACCUCUGGCGCAGCGGCUACAACACCGAGACGGACAUGUACAAUGCCAUCUCCAAGCUCACCUUUGCCAAGCACACGGCCGGCGGCCUCGCCGACAACGACCACAAGCACCUGUACGUCGAGCCCACGGCAUACGCCUGGAGCCGCGCCGGCGGCAAGCUGGUGGCCUUUACCACCAACAGCGGCGGCGGCAGCUCGGCCCAGUUCUGCUUCGGCACGCAGGUCCCCAACGGGAGCUGGACGAAUGUGUUUGAUGGCGGCAAUGGCCCGACGUACACUGCUGAUGGCAAUGGACAGCUCUGCUUGACCACGACGAAUGGUGAGCCGAUUGUGCUGCUGUCUUCAUAAAACAAUAUGGCGACAUAUAAUAUACAUGUAUAUCACCUAGUACAUACUUGGAUAGGUACGUGUUACUUACCCGGAUAGAGCUUCAUGUUGUUACUUUCAAGCUGUUGUUUCUUUCUUCUCUCUUUUGUGGACAUACUGUACGAUCAUGAAGGGUACAUAUUUUAGUCGUAACAAAAUUAGGCAUUUACUACUACCUAGACUAGACUGUUUGUUGUUGAUCAUGUACCUAGAGCAAGCAAUGAACCAUGCCAUGAUUUCCUUCAUCUCCCAGACCCGUAUUUGAAUUGCCUGUGGAUAGAUGUGCUUGAAAGACCUGCCAUGCGCUCAAAGUAAUUGUUAUUGAAUAGUCCGUCCCAAAAUAUUAACUGCAGUGCCGAGAUAUCUGUUGUUCCGUCAGGCCUGUUCAACCUGCGGGGAUAGAAAAUCUCCAUGUGCUCAUGAGUGCAUAAAUUCCGCACCGAAUCCUCCGCUUCCAAAAAAAAAAAGAAGCAAUAUUAUAAAAAGCAAAGUCGUCAUGCCGUCAAAUAGCCUUUAUAGUCCCGUGUAUGCUCGCAAGUCUUGUCCGUCGUCGUUAGCCUGUAUUAUUCACAUGCGUGUGUCAUCGAUAGCCUUGUGUUUCUCGUGUCGCACGAUUUGCUCUUGAUAUUGACCACAUUCCUUCGGUACAAUGAGCAAAUAUAUAUACCGUUGUGGUGGGUAAUGAGUUUUUUUUUUUUUUUUUUUUUUUUUUUUUGGAGUUUGGGGGGUUUUUUUUUUGCUUGCUCGACCAUGCAUCCAGAGUUGUUGACCUCUGUCGAAUGCGGGGGGAGAUGAAAACUGUAACAGAAGCAGAUAGAGAAGAGAG